AUCGCACAUGUAUUUACAGCUGUGCUUUCUCUAACGUGUUUUGUACUGCUGGUCUAACUAAUUAACAUCAAAGUCUAAUUCCAUCAAAUAAAAUGUCCUACGGCGGUGGUUACAAUCCUUAUGGACAGCAAGGCGGUGGCUAUGCUGCCCCUCCAGGAGCCUUUCCGCCUCAAAACGCACAAGUUUCACCACAAGCUCAGCAAUGGUUUGCCAUGGUGGACAGGGAUCGUUCUGGUCAUAUUAAUUCCACAGAAUUAAAGGCAGCUUUGAUCAAUGGGCGUGGCCAGAAUUUCUCGGACAACGCAUGCAAAUUGAUGAUAAGCAUGUUCGAUAACGACGCUACUGGCACCAUCGACGUCUACGAGUUCGAGAAGCUCUACAACUACAUAAAUCAAUGGCUGCAGGUGUUUAAGACCUACGAUAAAGAUGGCUCCGGUCAUAUUGAAGAAAACGAACUGACGCAAGCAUUCACACAAAUGGGUUUUCGCUUUACGCCAGAAUUUAUAAAUUUCCUAGUGAAGAAAAGUGAUCCACAGAAUCAUAAAGAGGUGUCUGUGGACCAGUUCAUAGUACUCUGCGUGCAGAUACAGCGCUUUACUGAGGCCUUUAGACAACGCGAUACCCAGCAAAAUGGAACCAUUACCAUUGGCUUUGAGGAUUUCCUGAGCGUCGCCAUUGGCUGUUCUUAUUAAAGAUGACUUGAACUAUUUAAAGCUCUUAUGACCACUCUUGCACACACGCACUCUCAGAGCCUUUCGAAGAUAAAUUAUUCCGUUUACUUUUGGUGCAUUUGGUU